AUGAUGAUGCUUUUCAACAGGAAGCCAAGCGGAGCCUCUCCUUCAUCUUCUCCAGUCAUGGCUUCAUUCUCGGCUCUCUUCCAACCCCAACUCCACCCCUUCCCUAACCCUAAUCUCAUCCACAUGUACACCAUUCCUCUGCGCACCCAAACCCUAACCACUUCCUCCGUCCCUCACUCAACCCCCAACUCCGAGACCAACCAAACUUCAUCCCCCUCCUCGGCCCCGCCUCCUCAAUCUCCAGAACCUCCUUCUCCUAAGAAGUCCUUCGCUGUGGCCACGGGCGAGCUCUUCUUGGGUUUGGCGUCUAGGAUUAUCAAGCGGCCCAAUGGAGGCCCAGACGGCAAGGCGGCCUCGUCGGUCGCCAUGUUUGAGAGCUCUGGGAAGAAUUACUUGGACGAGAGAAUUGGCAAGGUGAUGGAGGAUGAUAUUGAGCCAGAUGUUGUUUGGGAGCAGCGCGUUAAGGAUGUGGAGGCUGAGAAAGAACGGCGUGUGGUUACUAGUCCCGGCUUUAGUUUUUCUGCUGCGGGGCUUCUUUUUCCUUAUCAUCUAGGCGCUGCUCAGUUCCUUAUUCAAAAUGGUUAUAUCAAGGAAACCACACCAUUAGCCGGUUCCUCUGCAGGUGCCAUUGUCUGUGCUGUGAUUGCCUCUGGAGCCAGCAUGGAAGAGGCCUUACAAGCUACCAAAAUACUGGCUGAAGAUUGCCGGAACAGAGGGACUGCAUUUCGACUUGGGGCUGUUCUCCGAGAUGUUCUUCAAAAGUUUUUGCCCGAUGAUGCUCAUAUUAGGUCUAAUGGGAGGGUUCGAGUUGCAGUAACACAGCUUCUAUGGAGACCAAGGGGUUUAUUGGUGGAUCAGUUUGACUCUAAGGAGGAUCUCAUUGAUGCAGUUUUUACUUCUUCCUUUAUUCCAGGGUAUCUUGCACCAAGACCAGCAACGAUGUUCCGGAAUCGGCUUUGCAUUGAUGGGGGCUUGACAUUAUUUAUGCCACCAACAUCUGCAGCACAGACGGUACGUGUUUGUGCUUUCCCUGCCAGUCGAUUAGGAUUGCAAGGAAUUGGGAUCAGUCCAGACUGUAAUCCUGAUGAUAGGGCUACCCCUCGACAGCUUUUCAAUUGGGCACUUGAGCCAGGAGAAGAUGAUGUUCUUGAUCGGCUAUUUGAGCUCGGAUAUCAAGAUGCAGCUGUAUGGGCUAAGGACAAGCCGGUUGGCAAAAUAGUUGAAGACGACACUUCCUUGGUUGGUAGUGGCAUAGAUCAGUAG